AUGUCUUUGCAGCCCCAGCAGCAGCUGCCGCAGCAGCAACAGCAGCCAGUUCUGGUUUAUCCGGCCAACACCGUCGCAAGCCAGCCACCUUCACACCAUUCAAAUGGAUCAUUCGGGACAGUUUUCAUCGUUCUUGCCGUAGUCAUCGCUAUAUCGGCAAUUGCUUGCUGUCUUAGCCGGCUCUGCAACCGGCGCUACAAAAACCAAAGACCUAAGCAAAACCUCGGCCAGUCCCGUCCCAGAGAAAAUGGGGACAUUGAGUUCGGUUCUGAUAUGAGAACCCCAACUUCUAAAAUGGCUGCAAAUGGAGGAGGAAGCAGAGGGCAGAGGCAGUUGGAAAAUGGUCAUGACCACGCGAGAGGCGAAAUGAACCCUGGUGAUCAUGGAGGAGGGAGUCGAGAACCGGCGUAA